CUUUGACAAAUUCCACAUUGAAGAAAAAGUGAAGAGAGAGAUGGCUAGUGUUUCCCAAAAAUAUUAGGGAUCAUCUUGAGUUUCAUAUGAAGCCCAAAUCCAAUGCCUCGAUACAAAGACGAGGCUCCUGCAGUCCGCGUAUACACAGUUUGUGAUGAAUCCAAAUAUUUGAUUGUGAAGAAUGUUCCAGCAUUGGGUUGUGCUGAUCAGCUCUCUCAACUAUUCUCCACUUAUGGAGAAAUUGAAGAAUGUAAACCAAUGGAUGCUGAAGAUUGUGAGCCAUUUACGGACGUCUUCUGGAUCAGGUUUUGCCGAGUUGACAAUGCCAGGUUUGCCAAAAGGAAACUGGACGAGUCUGUUUUCCUAGGGAACAAGCUACAGGUCUCUUAUGCACCUCAAUUUGAGAGUCUGCAUGAGACGAAGGAGAAGUUAGAAGCAAGGAGAAAGGAAGUUUUAGCACGAUUAAACCCUGGAAGGCCAAAAGGAUCUGCUACACAUCGGUCAGAUGUGAUUGGUGAGCCGUCGAUAACUUCCUCUCCAGCCCAGUUGAAUUAUACCGCACAAUCAAUUGGCUCUAAUCAUAGGCAGAGCUCGAAUUCUCAGUGUAACUCUGUUCAUGACAUACAGUGUUCUCCCAUAACAAUGGUUUCUUCAGACAAGGAAUACUUUCCUUCACAAUCUAUGAAUCAAACUGUUAAGCUGGUCAGAGAGAAACUAAAUAAGAUACAAUCCAGUGUGGACCAUUUAGAAGGUGAACCAUCCAAGAGAAAACGUGUUGAUAAUAGGAGACGGAUAUAAAUCCUAUUCGGGUUUUGACAAGAGUAUAUGGCUAUAGAUUAGUAUCCACCACCACCACCACCCCACCCCCAGAAUAUGUUUUCUUUCCUGUCAAAAUCUUUCUAUGGUUUCUUCCAUUCAGAAACACCAUCGCUUACUGGAAAACCAGCCCUUUUUGAUGCUGAAUCUGUAAACCAAUACUUCUUCUGGGUUCUAGUCCAUGGUGUCCAGAAUCUCCUCUGACGACUUCACCAACUGGCCUUUGAGUAUCAACUAAAACGAUGCCGUUCUUAUGUUUGCCUCCAAGUCUAUCCAAUUUCCCCCUUUGUUUCUUCAAUGUUAUUACCACAGAUUCCAUCACUAUAACUGAUAAUGUUAUGUAUAUAGUUUUCAGAAUUUUCCAUGCAAGUUAAAGAUUGGAACCCAAAGCUUAUUAUCACUGUUCCUGAAUUGCCUGAUAAGGUCAAUGGGUUUAAUUUGCCUAUUUUGCUUUCUGUCACCAGAAACAUUCGAAUUUGAGUGGCAACAUUUACUGAGCUAGUUGAUAAAGCAGGGUACAUGAAUUGUGAUAACUGUGGGAUAAAGCAAAGUGACAUUGCAGCAUUCUGUGUGUUGCCUAUGUUUCAUGUGUUUGGUCCUGUUAUUUUUAUGUAUUCACAGUUGCAGAGGGCUAAUACUGUUGUGUCUACGGAUAAGUUUGAUUUGGAAAUGAUUAUAUUGAGAGGUACAGGGUGAUGCAUUUAUGGAUUGUGUCUCAGUUGUUUUAGCAUUCGCAAAGAAUCCUGUGGUGAAGUAUAAUUUAACUUCAUUGAAGCAUGUUGGAUCUGGUGCUGCACCUUUAGGGAAGGAAGUUGAUGGAAGAAUGCAAUAAGAAAUCCCCGCGCUGUUGUUGCUUAGGGAUACGGUAUAACAGAAACCUGUGAGAUUGUUUCAUCAGAGAGAAUCAAUACGUAGGCCCCAGACACAGGAUCAGCAGGGACUCAUAAUUCCUGGGAACGGAAGUUCAAAUAGUUAAGAGUUGAUAAACUGAAGCCGUUUCCUCCUGGACAAUUAGGGAAAAUAUGGGUGUGCACAAGGCAAUUUCAACAAUCCAUACCGCAGAUAUUGGGUACUUUGAUGAGGAAGGAAUGUCCCAUGUAUUAGUUUGACAGGAUCAAAGAGCUUAUCAAUUAAAAAUGUAUUCAGGUUGCACAUGCAAAGCUUGGAGGUCUUGUGUUUUUCAUCCCGAAAUAUUAGAUGCUGUUGUUGUACCAAUUUCUGAUGCUGAGGCUGCUGAGAUUCCAAUUGUACCAAUUUCUGAUGCUGAGGCUGCUGAGAUUCCAAUUGAUACAUUGUUGGCUUGCCUAAUACCCAGUGAAUGAGCCAAGUAUUGUAACAAGGGGAUUCAAAGAAGUUAAAACAAUGCCAUAUCUGAGAUUUGAGCCUUUAUUUAUCUUAUGUCAAUGGGAUUCGAAGUUCUACGUAUGUAUAAAAGAUUAUUUUUUUUACCCUAUUUA